CAUUAGGAAGGGCACGGAGUCGUUAAACGGUUAUAUAUUACCCUUCUUUUGUGAUUCGUUGUAGUUUAGAAGCGUACUGCCAUGGCUCUGUGCGGGAGUGUCGGAGCCUUGGCUUUGCCCAGCGAGCUUAUUGUUCACAUAUUUUCUUUCUUGUCCGACCGAGAUAAGCUUCGGGCCUCGGCUGUGUGUUCUCGUUGGAGGGAGUGUCUGUUUUACCCUGCGCUGUGGACGGAGCUCAAGUUGCGUGUUGGUGGUGGCACAAACGGCGGUGGCUCCGGAUCUGAGGAAACUCCAAGAUUAGAAUUUCUCAUGCGCAAAUUCGGCUCCUUUGUUCGUGAGCUGAGGCUGGAGUUCGCCCCAGUGGAAGGAUAUCUUAGCCCUAUACAAGGAAUGGACGGCAGAAUGGAGUCUGUCGAAAGCGACCCACAGUUUCCUGAACGCUGGAAAGAUGCAAUGAUCACAUAUUUGGACCAGGUGUUGUGUGUACUCAGUAGUCUUCGUAAUAACAGGAAUCUCCAGAAAUUGAGUCUGUAUGGUGACACGUGUAUCCUGCAGGAUGAGGGCAUUUUGGACAGCUCCUGUCUUAACCAGGUUGACCAGGGUGGCAAGAAAAUCAAAGAGAUCCAGCAGCUGUUUGAAGAGAUCCUGUCCAACAGUAGGCAGAUGAAAUGGCUAUCCUCUGCCUUCAUGCUAGGCGUGGUGACUCCGUGCUCUCUCGCCUCACUGUCUAACCCCAGCGCGGACACCCUGGAGCAUCUGAGUCUGUUAGAUAACCAGCUGCCCAGUCUCGUGACCACCGUUGAGCUCGAACGCCUUGUUCACCUACACUCUCUGUCCCUCGAUUUCUGCGACUUCACCUCCGAUAUGUGUCGUCUCCUGGCGGGCAGCGACCGCGCCCCUCUCCACCGUCUGUCUCUCCUCCUCAACGGCGCCGCUCUCGAGGCCAAACCGCUGGAUGGCACGGCCGGCGAGGACGACUGGAAGGCCCUCGUGCGUCGCAGCGCGAACCUGCGUGUUUACCUGAUGGCCUUAGAUGCGUGCAGCCAAGAUCUGUUGCGUGUGCUGAAGCCAAGCAUCCCCCUGGAGCGGAUCCAUCUGGAUAGCUACAACACGCUGGUGACAGAUGGUGUGGUGGAGCUGAUUUCUCAGCAGUACCACAAGACCCUCACUCACUUCAUCCUGAUGAGGGAUGACUCCGGCUUUCCCGACCUGAGUGUCAACCGUAAUGAAGACCCGCUGGUCCUGCUGGCCUGGCGCUGUGUGCACCUCGCUGUUCUGAUAAUCCACGGUUACACGGUGUGGUCCCACAACCUGGUGGCCAUAUCUCGCUUGCGCGGGUCCAACCUCAAGGUUCUGGCGGUUUCGGAGGAGAGCAUCGACUUCGACCCAGACCAGUCCGUGUUCAUCGAGGGCGACCCCGUCCACAACCUGGUCAAAGAGGUGUCGCUGGGCCUGGGGCGUGUCUGGCAUCCAUCCAUGGACAACGGCUUGGUCCUGAGCGAGCCCACGCAGCACUUCCACCGAGAGAUGCAGAGCUUUAGUGAGGGCAUGUAAAACCUUCCCUGUCUGCUAUUCUCUGCCUGCUCUCGCACCUUGUGCUUGG